CCGGUGUUAACAUAUGCAAAACAGAAGUAGGGUGAAAGAUAAGAAAUCCUCAGUGUUAUUUAAAAUACAUUAAUAAAUUCCUUCGUUUAAAGAAGUAAAGUAUGAUUUUUACAGCCGACAAUGAAUCAUCAUGGAUGAGCGUCUAGCAUUCAACGGAAAAGCUGGGAAGCUCAACGAACGAGUAUUUAAAAAGUUAGAAGCAGUAUGCCAGCCUGUCAAAGCAAGACAAGAUGACGCACGACUAGGCAAUACAAGAACGCUUGUUUCACAAGGUGAUGUUCCUUUUUACGACACAACUCUUGCUAUAAGCACGUUGGAAAAACCAUGGGCUGGUGAUAUCUCUGGAGGGGAAAUAGAGAAUUACCUGGAGCAGAGAAUUCUACAUUACGCAAUCGUUCCCCAAGUGGCCUACUACAGAAAUGAACAGUAUGUUAGCUUCGUCUCACCAUACUUCCGAGGGGGGACCUUGGAGGAAGAAAUACAGAAAGAAACGGAAAACACAUCAGUGAACACGACGGAAACACCAGUACAGAAAACAACGUUACAAUGGAAAGAAAAAAUACGAAUACUUUACCAAGUAUGCUGCGCCUUGAAUAUCUUCACAACCCACCUAAAUGUGACAGGAAUCCUGUAUCCCAUGGUAACAUAUGCAUGAAAAAAAUUCUUUUGGAUGAGCAGAAAAAUGCUCGAUUGUUAUUUUUUGCACCCACAUCGGUCGAAGGAGGAAUGGAGGAACAGUUUGAAGAGGACAAAAAGAAAGACGUGCAAGCCUUCAAAGACGUGUCGGACGAGGUCCUUAAACAAGUCAGAAAGAAAACAGCAUCAUACGUUCAGGCCGAUAUACAAAAGGCUGCUACGAUGACAGAAAUGAAAAUACUACUACUGUCGGCUCUGAGACAAGAAGGCAUCAACUUGUGGACCCGAUCACCAGACGAUGAUCAAAGGAAAGAAAAGUGUGAGAUCUGCUGCGUAAAUAAGCCAGAGCAGUUGUGUAAAAGACAUAUUGAUUACUGUGUUACCAAUAUAAAGAUAUGCGUUGGUUGUUUGUGGAACUGGCGAUACAAUCCCGUCAAGUGCCACAGUUGUGAUCAAGAAAAAAUACGGUGCCCAGUCGGUGAUGGCUGGGGUGCAAUUCUCAUAGCAGGCACAGAUGAAAAACAUGCCUUUACAAAACAUUUUGAAGACGAUAUAGAAAAGAUCAAAGAUAAACUCAUAACAGAAGCGACCUUAAUGGGUGUAAGGGGGGACAAUGUAAUCACAGUGAAGAAAUCUAUAACAACGUACGGUGAACAAUUAGACAAGGCGUUCAGCAGGAUUAAUAAUUCUUCAGAGAUAGACACUCUCGUAUUAGUGUAUUCAGGUCACCAUGGGGAUCAAGGAUUUAGAUUAGGUUCUGAUUUGUUGACAGACGGUGAGCUAGAAAAAAAAGUCAAUGGUCUUAAACCUGUCAAGAAGGUUAUUGCAAUAUUUGAUUGCUGUCGCCCAAAGAAGCUGAACUUGGGAGAAAAAACGGUACUGCAAUUUAAUGCUGUAACAAGCACCCAAAAAGCUUCAUGUGAACCAACAGGUAGCCAGUUUAUCAAUGAUAUUAUCGAUGUAUUCACAAAACCUUGGGAAUGUGUGUGUUGCCAGAAUACACCUAUUAUCAGAGAUUUUAACUUACUGAUGUAUUUUUCACGACACACCAAAUCUGAGUUGACAGAACCGUCACAUCAAACAUAUGCAUCAGGGCAAACUGACAAUAUUCUUACGUUUAGACCGGUGGAUUCUGGAUGGCUCGAAGCUUUGAAAAUGUCACUAGAAAGCAACCCAUUACAAGAUUUGAGAAUAAAACUUUUCGAACUAUACAACACAACUGCAAGCACAGUGCGUGUUCGGCUUAAUAUCGAUGAGGCCCUUGAAAAAGUAUAUGUAAAGCCUAUUCUUACUUUAAAGGAAAAUGGCAAAGAAAAAGAGGACUGCUUAGAAUUUGAUAACAUCUUUCGAAGCAAAGACGGCAAAAUGGCAAAAACGAUAUUUGUUGAAGGCGAGCCUGGCACAGGAAAGUCGACACUUUGUAAGAAGAUCGUUCGUGAUUGGUGUAAAACAAACCAAGGAUUCAAAGGACAGGCAAAAACUGAAUGGCACGACAUACUAAGUCAGUUUAAAUUCGUAUUUUACAUAAUUCUCCGCGAGGCAAAGAAUGAGUGCCAAAUAGAAAAUAUGAUAUUAAACAACAUCAUGGAUAGGAUCGGAGUAGACAAAGAAAGCGCAGGAAAAUUAUGGAAAUCCUUCUCCUGUCUACUACUGCUUGAUGGUCUAGACGAAUGGCAGCACCCUAAAAAAUGCAAUCGGGAUGAAAGAAUUCCCCAUGUUGACAUGUCUUUCAAAAACUGUACAAUUCUUAUCACUACAAGGCCUUAUAAACUGGCUGACAUAAGAAUAGGUUGCUCUCAGAUUGACAAUCACGUGAUGUUGAAAGGAGUUGAGUGCCCUAGAGAACUCGUCGAUAAAAUAUUAUCGAAAUUGAGUGCAUUUCACGGCACAGGAGAAAAACCGGAUCAUGAAGAAUGUAUCUGUGUCAUACGAGAUAGAGAACUAUGGCAUUUCAGACAAUGUCCAAUCGUGUUAGCCCACAUAGUUUGGCUUUGGUACAAAAGAAGAAUUUUGCAAGAUAUGAAAGUUUCUGAUAUCUACAGAUUGUUGUUAAAGGAAAGAUGGGUUGAAUCGUGUGAAAAGAGAAAUUCAUGUACUAAAACCAAAUAUAGAGACGUGAUUCGCGCUCUGAGCCAAAUAGCCUUUGACAAUUUAUUUGCUGAUGAUGAAAAUAAUACAAUUGUAUUUCAAUUAGACGAUGAGGUGAAUACGAACUUCGAAAGUCAUAAAGCUGCAUCGCUUGAAUCUGGCAUCUUAUCCUGUACCAAUGUUCCUGGGGAUUCUCCGCAAUACCACUUCUUGCACAAAACAUUCCAAGAGUACCUAGCGGCGCUUUUUUUAUCAGAAGACAUUACGAAUUGUUGUUUGCAUAUCAUAAACACAUACAAAAAACACAGAAAAGAAAGCGGAAUUAGCUUGUCACAGGUUUUACUUUUCCUUUGUGGUUUGAAUGCAGAAGCUGCCGAAGAACUUUCGAAAACAAUGAACGAACUGUUUACUGAUUUUUGCGAUAGAGAUGGUUAUUCUGACAGCGAAUCCAGAAUGCUUCAGGAUAUAGUCAUACAAGGUCAAAAAGAGCUCGAUAGGAGCAAUCAAUCCGGGGUGAAAUUGUGCCUGCAGCACAUCAAUAUUCACGAGUUGUUGGACAAAGAGGUACAUGAGACCGAAGUAACCGUCUUGAAACACUAUAUGAAGACAAAUCAGUCAUGUAUAGUAUCAUUGUAUCUAUGGUACUACAACGAACUUGCUUUACAUUUAGCAAACAGUAAAGACAAAGAAGUAAUUCAUUUGGAGAACUGCAAUGGUCUGAAGUACUUACACUUAGACUAUUUAAGCUUCAAAGAUGUCACUGGUUUGAAUUUGAGCAAUUUAGUAGAAUGCAGUAUAAAAUUCCGAGAACUUCAGCAAGCCCCAAAGCUUACAUCAUUUUUCUACAACUCUGAUAUUGAAUGUUUGAAAAACCUUAAAAAACUUGAAUUGUCCAAUUUGAGAGACUUAAACUGGCUUAAUGUGGGUUUCGAACAAAAUCAAUGUCUUGAUUUACGCCGCCUUGGAACUAUUGCACAAAUUACCGAACUUACAUUAGGAGGACUGUCUACCUCAGACUUGGUGAAUCUACAAGCAUUUAGACUACACAAGUUACAUGUUGAUUUCAUUGAGCUUCGUCGGGCAAAAGAGCUAAUGACAACGCUUUUAACGUGUACAAGAGGCGAGAACAAAUGGGAAGAACCUUUCUCUCACCUGAGACACGCAAGUUUGGGCAACAUUUGCAUGUCAGAAGAGCAGUUCAGCGGUCUAUUGCAGUUUUGCUUAGGAGUGGGAAGAACUGGAAGUUGGAAAAGUGUAUUGAAUGAUUGUUCAAUAGAGCAGGACGAGGAUGUAGAGCAAUUACAGCAUGUGUUCGACCAGCAGGUCGAAUCAUCUGAUAGUACAACAACCAUUGAACUUGGCCAUGUGACCAUCACAGCACGUGCGUUUAUGAAUCUUGUGGAUUGGGUGACCAGGUGCAGUGAUUCUGUGAAAUGUAAUUUGGUUUGCUUAGAACUGAAGCCAAUCAAUUAUGUUAAACAAAUAAUAUUUCCAAUGGUAGUUCCACAGCCUAUCUCAGCUGACUAUACCACAGAGUUGAGACUUCAUUAUACUAAAAUGUCAACCGAACAAAUUUGUCAAAUCGUCGGUAGGAUGAAUCAACUCCACCAUUCAGUAAAUUUAGAGUUAAAUAGGUGUACCGAAAUAGCAAACGAGUGCGAUCCGCUAAGGAUUCAAAUGGGGCCUCCAAUAAACACGUUAAUGGACUGUACCAAACUCAUUGAAAUCGAUGGGAUGGACAUUUCAGAAACACUUCUUUGGUAUGUUGUUAUAAGUGUGAUUCAUUUUGGAUACAAUUGUUAUGUAUCAUACUGUGAUAUGUUGUCCAGUGACGUGCCGCAUAUUGACAACCUUCACUUUUCCCAAAUGCUUCAUACCCACUUACCUGCUCGUACAGCAAAACUCAUUUUCGAUCACGUGUCGAUGUCAGAUGACGUCGAAGAGCGUGUCGCUUGUGAAGCAGCAAAGUAUGGACAUUUGGUUAAGUGUGAGUUUAGAACGUAGGAGGUAUGACCUCUUCACGGUGACAGUCCGUCAAAGAUUAUAGUAUGUAUGAAUAAAGUAGGGAACGGCUUCUAUAAAUACUUGAUCCAAUAUUUCUAGCCUUUUUAAAACUGUAUGCUUUUAUUUUUUUCAUGGUCACAAGCUAAUUGUUAUGUUUUUAUUUGUUAAGACUCUUGUUUCAUGUUGUCAUUGACAUUUUUUUACAAUAUCGUAUUUACAUUUAGCAGUUUGUACAAAGUUUGUUCACUGUAUUCACCUUUGAAACCUUGUAGAAUGUAUUUUCCAUUUUCCAUUAUUACAAUUUAUUUAUUAUUUGCAGUUUGUAUAAAAUCUUUCCCAUUUUGUAGAAUAUAUAUGCCAUUGACAUUUUCAACAAUGUAUUUGCCAUUGACAUUUUGUAAAAUGUAUUUGCCAUUGUCAGUUUGUAGAAAGUAUUUGCUAUAUACAUUUUGUAGAAUGUAUAUGUCAUUGACAUUUUGUAAAAUGUAUUUGCCAAUUUACAUUUUAUAGAAUGUAUUUGCCAUUGACAUUUUGUAGAAUAUAUUUGCCAUAUACAUCUUGUAGAAUGUAUAUGCCAAUGACAUUUUGUAGACUGUAUUUGCCGUUGA